GCCGGGAGCAAGAUGGCAGCGGCGGCGGCUCCGGCUGCAAAGGGAAAGGGAGCGGCGCAGAUAAGGCUUUCCAUCCAGGUUUCACGCUGGUUUUCAAUUAAGCUUCAUGUGUAGCAUUUGCAGCUGGUCUACACGUCAUGGUUCGGAAAGGUGUUUGCUGCUGCUGUGCUGCUUUGCGUCCUCGCUACAAACGCCUGGUGGAUAACAUCUUCCCUGAAGACCCAAAAGAUGGACUUGUCAAAGCUGAUAUGGAGAAGCUGACCUUUUAUGCCGUUUCUGCACCUGAGAAGCUCGAUCGAAUUGGCGCUUACUUAGCAGAGCGACUGAGCCGGGAUGUUGUCAGACACCGUUACGGGUACGUUUUAAUCGCCAUGGAAGCCCUGGACCAGCUUCUGAUGGCCUGCCGCUCGCAGAGCAUCAAACCAUUUGUCGAGAGCUUCCUUCAUAUGGUAGCUAAGCUGCUGGAGUCUGGAGAGCCAAAGCUGCAAGUUCUGGGGACCAAUUCCUUCGUUAAAUUUGCAAACAUUGAGGAAGAUACUCCUUCAUACCACAGGCGCUAUGACUUCUUUGUUUCCCAGUUCAGCGCCAUGUGUCAUUCUUACCACGAGGAUCCAGAAGUACAAAAUGAGAUCCGAAUUGCUGGAAUCAGGGGCAUCCAGGGUGUGGUUCGCAAGACUGUUAAUGACGAACUUCAGGCAACCAUAUGGGAGCCUCAGAACAUGGACAAGAUAGUACCCUCCCUGCUGUUUAAUAUGCACAAGAUUGAAGAUGUCGACAGUCGGAUCUGCCCCUCUUCGUCGGCCUCGGGAGGGGAAAAAGACGAAAACCCCUCUGCGCUGUCUGAGAAUUGUUUCAGAGAACUGCUCGCCCGAGCAACAUACGGCAACAUGAACCAUGCUGUCAGGCCAGUUUUUGCACAUUUAGACCACCACAGACUGUGGGAUCCCAACGAAUUUGCUGUCGCCAUUUUCAAAAUCAUCAUGUACUCAAUACAGGUGCAGUACUCUCAUCACGUGAUACAAGAAAUUCUGGCACACCUGGAUUCUCGCAGGAGAGAUUUCCCCCGAGUCCGAGCGGGUAUCAUCCAGGCCCUUUUGCAAGCUGUGGCCAUUGCUGCAAAAGGCUCCAUAGGCCCAACCGUCUUGGAAGUGUUUAACACCUUACUGAAGCACCUGCGUUUCAGCGUCGAUUUCGAAUUAAGUGACCGGCGUAGCUCAGUGAGCAGUGCCAGCUUCAAUGCAAGUGCCAAGGAAAAUGACGAGAGAAUUGUCCAGAAUGCUAUCAUUCAAACAAUUGGUUUCUUUGGAAGCAACCUGCCAGACUACCAUCGGUCUGAGAUUAUGUUGUUCAUUAUGGGGAAGGUUCCUGUUCUGGGAGCAACUUCGCACACACUGGACACCAGCCAGUUUGGGGAUUUGGGAACCAGGCGAAUUCAAAUUAUGCUUCUAAGAUCAUUACUAAUGGUCACAACAGGAUACAGUGCCAAGACCAUUUCUGCUGCGCUGCCUGCUCCUUUUCUGGAUCCUUUGCUCUCUCCUUCACUCAUGGAUGACUCUGAACUCAGACAGCUGGUCCUGGAAAUACUGCACAACGUUAUUGAUCGGCACGACAACCGAGUGAAGCUCAGAGGGAUAAGAAUAAUACCUGAUGUUUCAGAUCUAAAGAUAAAACGGGACAAAAUUUCAAGGCAAGAUGCGAAUUUCAUCAAAAAGCAUGGGCAGCAGCUGUAUAGGCAUGUCUACCUUGGAUGUAAGGAAGAGGACAAUGUCCAGAAGAACUUUGAGCUUCUCUACACAACGCUGGCUCUCAUGACAAUUGAACUAGCCAAUGAAGAAGUGGUCAUUGACCUCAUCAGAGUGGCUAUCGCAUUGCAGGACAUUGCAAUCCUUAACGAAGACAACUUGCCCAUGUUCCAUCGCUGUAGUGUGAUGGCAUUGGUAGCCGCAUACCUCAAUUUCCUAAGCCAGAUGAUCGCUGUUCCUGCUUUUUGCCAACAUGUUACUAAGGUCAUUGAAACCAGACAUGUAGAAGCACCCUAUUUUUUACCUGAAACAAUUUUCAGAGAGAAGUGCAACCUGCCCAAGUCCCUGGAGAAGGACGAAACCAGCUUGUUCUUCCUGACCAACCAAAUGGCAGAAUCGCUGGGUGGCAGUGGCUACUGCGUGGAGAGACUGUCUGUGCCAUAUGUACCGCUUGUGACAGAUGAAGACAGGUUGUCCAGGAGGAAGAGCAUUGUGGACACGUUGUCAAUUCAGGUAGACAUUCUGCCCGGCUGCAGCCUGGAUGAAAAGGCGAAUAGCACUGAAGAAAUCACCUUUGAGACGCUGAAGCAGGCAAUAGACAACAAUGGGCUUGAGGAACAAGAGAAGGAAAGGAGACGCCUUGUGAUUGAGAGAUUCCAGAAGGCUCCUUUUGAAGAAAUUGCUGCACAGUGUGAAACCAAGGCAAACUUGCUCCACGACAGGCUGACACAGAUAUUGGAACGCACCAUUCGGCCUCCUCCGAGCCCUUCUGGAACAGUGGCGAUUAACACUGGACACAGCCAUUACCGAUCCAUCCCAGUCUACGAGAUGAAGUUUCCUGAUCUUUGUGUGUAUUGAGUGUCCUCUGAAUUCAUCAAAAAGACAGGUGAAUUCUCCAACACUUCUGCUGUGUCCCAGUAAUAGUGCAUUAGUGAUAGAUCUAUACUGGACUUUCCACACAAUUAGUUACUUUAUUAGUAGUUUUGUCAUGUUUCCCCCAGUGUUAACUGCACUACUGCCAGCUGGAGGGGCACUCAUGCGCUAUUGUGCAACAUGAACAGGACAAGAGAAAGGAAGAGAAUAUUUGUGGCGUGAAAUGUUGCAGGAUUUCGGCAGGGAAGCCGUGGGACAUGCGUCGAUUGGAAA